AUGCAAUCUUUCUUGCAGUACCGGCGCGCGGGUGCAGAAGCUCAGGCGCAAAUCGACCGAGACAUUGGAAAAGUCCGGUCAUCCAGCUCGCCAAGCCGGCCACAAGAUGGAGUGCACCCAGGUGGGGGAGAGGAAGAAGUAGGAGAUUACACGGCGCGGGAGGGGAAGAGGCAAAGCCCCUUGUCAGGGCCGCAUAACGCCGUCGAUACGGAAGCCCGAGAACAACGACCCGGAGCCUCGGAGCCUCUCGAGCGAUGCCAGACGGCGCGGACCGGGCACUCCGAAGGCACAGCCCUCGGCCGGAUCAUGACCGGCAUCCAUGUCCGGGACCGCACCGGGGCCGAGGGGCACGGGGGCCGCGUCUUCGUCGUCGGCUGGGCGGGACCGGAUGACCCCCUGGACCCGCACAACUGGCCGACCGUCAAGCGCAUCGGCGCCACGCUGCAGAUCUCCAUGAUCGCGCUCUUUGUCGGAGCCGCGUCGGGUAUCGACGCAACGGUGCUUCCGCAAGCCGCGAGGGCGCUGGGCGUCAGCGAGGUUGCCGAGUCGCUGGCCACAGGGCUGUAUCUCGUGGGCAUGGGCCUCGGGUCGCUCGUGGCCGGGCCCUUUUCGGAAACCUUUGGCCGCAAUGCCGUCUACGGCGGCUCGAUGGCCGUCUUCAUGGUCUGGAUCAUGGCGUCCGGCCUCGCGCCCAACUUCGGCGCCCAGAUCGCCUUCCGCUUCCUGGCCGGAUGCUCCGCCUCGACGCCGCUCGUCUGCUCGGGUGGCUCGAUCGCCGACAUGUACGACCGCCUCGAGAAGACGUGGAGCUUCCCGCUGUACGCCAUCACAUGUUUUGGCGGACCGAUGAUCGGUGCCGUGAUGGGCGCCUACAUCGGCCCUUCCGAAGCCGUGAGCUGGCGGUGGACCGAGUGGACGGUACUGGUAUCCGCGGGCCUCGUCUUGGCCCUGGUCCUGCUCUGCAUGCCGGAGACCUACGGUCCGCUGCUUUUGCAGUGGAAGGCCGCUCAUUACCGGCGCAUCACUGGCGACGACCGGUUCCGCUCCGAACACGAGAUCGUUGACGCUACGCUCUUCACCCGUCUCAAGACCAGCAUGACGAGGCCCUUCCUCAUGCUCACGGAGCCCAUAAUCAUGGCCAUGACGUUGUACAUAACCGUUGUCUACAUCGUCCUCUUCACGUUCCUCGUCGGAUGGCCCUACAUCUUUGAAUACACCUAUGGCCUCGAUCAAGGCCUCGCGAACAUCAUCUUCAUCGCCAUGUUCGUCGGGACCCAAGUCAACUUCGCCUUCGUACCGCUUAUAUACUCGAUGACGGUAAAUCGGGUGAAGGACUGCGGGGAAGGCACAGCGUUCAAGCCGGAGAUUCGCCUCUGGUACGCCAUGUUUGGCGCUGCCGUCUCCGUCCCGGUCUCCCUUUUCUGGCUGGGCUGGACCAAUUACGCCAGCAUCAGCAUCUGGUCCGCCAUCUUCGCGGUUGUUGCCUUCGGCUACGGCGUGACAGGCAUUUUCAUAUGCGUGUACAUGUAUAUCAUCGAUUCGUACGAGAUAUACUCGGCGUCGGCUCUUACGUUCGUCGCUCUCAUCAGAUAUGUGGUGGCCGGAGGGAUCACCGCGGCCGGGAUACCCUUUUAUGAGAACCUUGGCACGCACUAUGCGCUGACGAUUCUCGCCUGUAUAUCAGCCGUGCUUGCGCCGAUACCGUACGCACUUUAUCAAUACGGGCACCGGAUCCGAGCCAAGAGUCGCUAUGCUGUGUCGAGGUAG